AUGAAAUUAGCAGAAGCGACGAAUUUUAAUCAAAUUUUGAGAUUUUUAUCUUGGUCUCCUUCAGGCGCUCAGCUUGUUUUCAACAAUGAUUCCCAUCAGUUGAUAGUGUCUGAGUUCAUAAACAACACUAUUAUUAUAAAAAACGUUAUUAAAUGCUCAACUCCAAUCCUAUGCUCUCGUAUUCACUCAAUAAACUAUUACAAUUGGGAGUUACUUCCUAUCUUUAUCAGCAGUCGUCAUAAACCGAUACAGCUGUUAGACGGAUACACAAAUAAAACUCACUCACAUUACCCGAUAGUUGAUAAAGACGAGUUUGCUACCCCCUUUGACCUUUAUGAGUACAACAACAGUCUUAUCGCAAGUCACAACUCCUCGAUCACUUUUUUUAAUAUAAAUGACCCAAAUACACAAGAAGAAGUUAAAUUGUCGCCUACUAAAGCUUCAAAAAACACUCAGCAUGGUAUUAUAUCCUCUAUAGACAUCAAUUCUACUUACCUUGCAUGCGCUUCUUUGUCAAGGUCUUUAGGAAUAUACUCAUUACUUAAUUACCAAUUGGAGUUGCUCUUGACGCACCUCCCUCAAUCUGUAAUACAACUCAAAUGGAUCAACGACAAUCUUAUUGCUCUCAACUUUAGAAACCACGACUACAUCCUUAUCUACGACGUAAAUGACUUAUCUGAGCCUGUUAAUAGUCUACAUCGAUUAGGUAGUACAAAUCAGAAUAUAUACUUUCACAUAAAAGACAACUGGCUGAGUGUUGGUGACACCAAUGGACAGGUUCUAUUUUAUGAUCUGGGGAGCCUCUCCCUAGAUGGUAGUAUAAUACAGCCUACGCAUUCUUUCGCUGUUGCAAAUGAUGUCGUAAGUUGCGUCGCUUUUCAUCCAUUCGUCAAUAUGCUCGCAGUAUCCAGUGGGUCUAGACAUAUCGGUGAAGAUAGCGAUUCAGAGGACUCAGAAGACGACACCCAGUCAAUCAAAUCAGACGACCAAGUCGAGAAGGUUCUCUCUGAAGAGAAAUUUGCAUCACAAUUGAUGUUAUUUCACGUAGACUUCCUUUAUUCUUAAUAACUUGCAAAUAUACGCAUCAAAGUGUCUCGCAGGUGUGGACAUCCUUUACUCUCCAUAACUUGCAAAAAUAUGCAUCAAAAUGUCUUACAGCUCAUGUCUUACAGUUCCUCGUCUUCAGUCAUCUCCUCGUGUAAUAAUCUAAAUUAUUGUGUACAUUAGUAUAAAGUGACAUGUAAAUAUUUGUAUUAACAUACCUAUGAAUAGUGAAUGGCGG